AUGGCUGACAAGAAACCUCCAAAGUCUGAUUCUCCCUUUGCAACUAGGAUAGAUCCAACCAAAGAAAGUCUUUCUCGCGAACAGAUGCAUUUUAUCAGACAGGUAGAGCUGGAACAGUGGAAGAAGAAAACAUCUAAGCUGCGGACACGGAAUCUUGUGACUGGUCUGGCUAUUGGAGCGCUCGUGCUGGGAAUCUAUGGCUACACAUUUUAUUCAGUCUCCCAGGAACGGAUCAUGGAUGAAAUCGAUGAGGAGGCCAAGCGAGCGAGACAGCAGGGACCAAAGACUGGUGCCAACUGAGGCAGAUGUGCUGCCUGCCUGUUGAUUGACUCUGUGUUUGUCCUCCACGCAACCAGGAGGGGAGUGAUGAUGCCACUGAUCCUAAUUCCAUGGCUGACUGCUGUUUUCUAUGUUAAUUGUGUGUUUUUUUUCUGUUGACCUAUAACAAGUUUCCUCUCAGUGGAUGGGAUGGAUUAACCCACUGACCUCAACAUGGCCUUGCAAAGCUAAACAAAAGGCCCAAACUGGAGCUUAAUUACCACCUCUAACCUGAAGUUUCCAGCUCUGAUCAUGUAGUGUGAACACAGUAUCAGAGAAAUACACACAAAAGCAGUCAGCUUAUGACUUCAAAUCUACAGUGGCCUUCAACAAAAGCAAAUGCCAGUAACACUGAACAGAUGCACGAAUUAACUUGGUAAAAUCUAUUAUUUAUGCUGAUGAAUUGUUGAUUUAUAUAAUAAAAAAAAUCUCAUGUA